UCCUACUAUUAUCUUAUUCUCAUUUUCCUUUGGCGCUACUCUCUUUCCCCCUUCUCUUCAACUUUUUUCCCCGAAAAUCUCGACUCGGCUCUGCCCAUCGUUUUUCCGAUCGAUUCCUCGCCGAGAAUCUUCUUCCAAUGGCCGCCAAAAGCAGAGUCCUAGUCGUCGGAAGCACUGGCUACAUCGGUAAAUUCAUCGUCGAGGCCAGCGCCAAGGCCGGUCAUCAGACCUUCGCUCUCGUCCGAGAUUCUUCUCUCUCCCAUCCAGCCAAAUCACAGAUUAUCCAGAGCUUCAAGAGCAUCGGAGUCACUAUCCUCACUGGGGAUCUGUUUGAGCAUGAGAGUUUGGUGAAAGCUAUGAAGGAAGUAGAUGUGGUGAUCUCAGCCGUCGGUCUUUAUCAGUUAAGCGAUCAAGAUAAGCUUAUUUCCGCCAUUAAAGAAGCUGGCAAUAUCAAGAGAUUUUUUCCGUCGGAGUUCGGGUAUGAUGUAGAGAAUGUACAUGGAAUUGGAGUGGUUAAAUCGAUUUUCGAGGCAAAGGUUAAGAUUCGUCGAGCUGUGGAGGCUGAAGGGAUCCCGUACACUUAUGUAUUGUCUUACUACUUCAAUGCUUUUUGUCUUCCUAGAUUGGCUCAACAUGGGGCCACUGCUCCACCUAGAGACAAGGUUGUCAUUCAAGGGGAUGGAAAUCCCAAGGUAAUUUUCAACAAAGAAGAAGACAUUGCUUCCUACACCAUUAAAGCAGUGGAUGAUCCAACAACUUUGAAUAAAAUUCUUUACAUUAAGCCUCCUCCAAAUGUCCUCUCAAUCAAUGAACUUGUGGCCCUCUGGGAAAGCAAAAUUGGCAAAACUCUUGACAAAACCUACAUUUCAGAGGACCAAUUAUUAAACAAUAUUCAAGAGGCAGCAUAUCCACUGAAUUUGAUGCUAUCCUUUGAUUACUCAAUAUUUGUGAAGGGAGAUCAUAAAGCCAACCUUGAAAUUGAACCAUCCAUUGGAUUGGAAGCUACAAAGUUGUAUCCAGAUGUCAAAUACACUCCUGUCGAUGAAUAUCUCAAUCAAUUUGUUUAACUACUUUUCCCUUCCUUUUUUUCUCUGAUAUAUUGUCUGUACUAAGACUACCAUAAGUCACUUUAUUUUCAUAAGAAAAGAAAGAAAGUAAUUUGGACCAUUACAUCCUUUUAUAUUUCAUAUUUAUAUAUGUACAAAUAAUAAUUGUUGAGUUAUCCCACUCUUACGACU